AUGAGAUCCCCUACUCUCUUGAGUCUGCUAUCUUUUAUUCCUACCUUUGUCGUCGGAACGACCAUUCCAUCAGACAAUGUCGCGUUUCGAACAAGAAAUGCGCCCGGAACGACCGACGCAGACACCUUCAAUGCAUUGCGAAGGGCUCUGAAUAAAGAAAGACUACAAUCCCGCGACACGGGCAGUUCUUACACAAUGAAUACAACAUCUUUUGGAAAGACGUGGUCCGAUGCUACUCUAUAUAGCGGUGGCGUUAGCACUGAUCUCAACGUGGCAACUGAGGUCAUUUGUUCUACCUGUUAUGUUACCGGCACCGUUCGCGGCGAGCUGACCUUUGCCGAUGGUUUCAACUUCACCGAAGCAGUUGAUGGAAUAGAGGGAGAGGUUAAGACAACAGCUCGUGAAGCCGUUGAUGUCUUGGAAAAAUACGUGGAUAACAUUGAGGAUGAGAUCAAAAGCGCUAUCACAUCUGGAGACGAUGAUAUAGUCUGGCCGACUCCGGAUAUUAACUUUAAUAUUGACAACAUCACCAGCUUCAAAGAUGCACACAUUCACUUGGAGUUUGACAAUCUGGAAUUAUAUCUGAAUAUUGACACCAAACUACCUGGAUAUUCUCACACAAUCAAUCUUUACACAUCUGAGACACCUGCAGGGUUCUCUCUUUUGAACGACGACGUUCAAGUCGGUGUGAUCUUUAGCAUUGAUCUCAUUUUGCUUGCAGACGCCGAGAUUGAUGUUGAAAGUGGUAUCCAUAUAAAACUCGAGGAUGGGGUUACUUUUGAUCUUGAUAUGUUUGAGACCGAUCUUUCAAGUAUCACAAUCCCCGGUGGCCAAUACGAAUUUCUUCCCAUAACAAUCGAGACAAAGGGAGGUUACUUGAGAGCCGUUUUGAGAUUAAAAGCCAGUGUAGGCUUUGAAGUCAAUAUUGACGUGCCUAAAGUUGUCAGCGAGGUAUUUGACGGCUUUAGCGUUGGCGUUGAAGCUGACAUCUUUGCCUACGUUGCGGAUGUUAAAAUGGCACUCAAUGACACUAAGACCGACGCAACAAGUAACUGCGAUUUGAAAGCUAGCCUUGAAUACACAUUUGCCGUUGGCGCAGGAGCCGGUGCGACUGUUGCUGCCGAUUCCCACUCAUGGGGUCCUGAUGUUUUCACGACAGUUCCAGUAUGGCACACUACAUCUAGUACCUGUGCAGAAAGUAAAACGACAUCUACUGCAGCCACCAGUGCUCAGAUUACUGCAAGGGAUUCAAAUGACGAUGACAGUACAGUCACUACAUCCAUGGAAAAGACCUAUACGAUCAUUCAAUGCAGCUCCACAGACGUGGUCAACUGCCCUGCCAGUCUACAAACCACCAGUACAACUGUAGCUACGGUGACAUCCGUGCUCACGGUUCAGUCAGGUUCAACAAUCACUCCAACAAACACAUACUCGUCGGUCACCAGCACCAUUACGUUUGGUAGCAAUGCCGCUCGGCUGGGUGCCAGUUCGGGCACACCAACGCCCUAUUCAGCUUCAUCGAGUGGUGGCUCGGACCACAAAAAGCUUAUCAUUGGACUAUGUGUCGGAUUGGGAGUUCCAAUACUUGCUGCGUUGAUUAUAGUUGCCACUUGCUUCUACCGACGCAAGAAGUAUAGUGCUGUUCCAUUGGGGCCAGCGACUGCUCAACAGGAACCUUCUGCGCCUUAUGACCCUUAUGAAAUGCAGAUGAAAGGCGGCGUUUCUCGAAAGCCGGUAGCAAUGUCGGGCUCUGUCAGUGAAUAA